CUUGCUGAUUCUCGGCCUGGAUUCCCGUCCAUACAUACAUAGAAUCACGCUUGCUUCAUGAUUGAGCAAGGUCCAUUACUGACUGUUAAGUCCACAGUUCCGGCUGAGUUUUGGUGUCCAAGCUCAAGGCUUCUACAGUGACCAGUAAAGCUCUUUACCUGCUGUCGUUUCGAAAAUCCUGGUCCCACGUCUUUACAUCUAACUUUUUCCAAAGUUCUAUGUUAUAUGACGACGAAGAUCUUGGUGGCCAUGAGCCGGGGCAACAGCAGAAUCAACAAACCGACGAGGAUGGAGGAUCCAGCGAGUCCGACAACAAUUUGUACGAAUCAUCCGAGCCUGAGAGGGAGGAUUGGCAGGACGAAAUCGAUACUGAAAAGGAUUGGGACAUGAAGAUUGUCGGAGUGGAGGUAGCAAAUGGAGAUGAAAUUUACUACGAAGCCCGCUGGCCCGGCUGGUCUCGUUCAGAUGGUACGACUAAUACCUAUCACCACAAAAAUGACCCAAGUAUCAAAGGACUUACUCGCGACUGGGACAAUGCCCGUCAAAAUAAGAUUAAAAAUCUCAUCGGAAAAGUCAAGAAAAGUAAAGACGAUACAGCGCUGGGGAUUGAAAUUUGGCCAGAUAACGACGUGAUGAGCUCUAACACGCGAUACCGCGCCCAACUUUUCGACGAAAAACUAGCCAUCACUGAGGGUCGGCUGAACAGAAAGAGAAAUUCUGCAGUAAGGGUUGAGUACGAUUUGGGGGAGGGACUUGAAAGAGAAAUGCUGAGGUUGCUGAAAAAGGAGAUCGGAGAGGAAGAAACCAGGAAGAUGUUGAAAGAGUAUAACGACGACGAGGACAGCGAUGAUGAUGACGGGAAGGAUACUGACAACGAAGACGGCGACAACGACAACGACGAAAAUCAGGACGACCGAAGCGUCCAGAGGAGAACACGCUCUGAAACCGCCAGCAGUCGAACUCGAAGCACUGCUCCUUCUACUUCAAACAGUGCUUCAAUCUCAAGAGCUCAAUCUACAAUCUCUUCAGGACCUUCAGGACUUUCGCGCUCACAGUUGAAGAAUGUCAGCAAUGUACGAUCCAUUCCUAGGAUACCACAGGCACAAGGCUCUGUCGGACAAGUUAAAUUAUCAGCACCAGGGCCAUCGUCGUCUUUGAUACCGCCAGGACGUUCUGCUUUUUCUCCCGCUCCUCCUUCUUUUGGUCCUCAGGUAUCUCGAAAGAUCCCCCCCGCAUCACCCCUUCAUUCCAGUCCUACGACAUCCUCCUCUACGUUUUCCACUGGGUUGGCAUCGUCGAGGUCCCCUGCAUCCACAGUACACACUACGCCUCCUCCUCCUUCGUCAUCUCUCUUUCUAUCGUCUACAUCCCAUUCGGCCUCGACGACAAGGACAAGAACAUCAUCUAUAUCGAAAAAACUUUGGGCUACAUCUCCAAUGACGAAAUUGCCUACGAAAAUAGGUUCUUCUGCGGUGUCAUUUUUGAAUCCAUCUCUGCCCACUUCAUCCUCAUCCUCAUUUUCGUCCUCUUCAUCCUCGGAACCUCUAUCUAUCAUGUCUUCUACAUUUGCUUCCUCGUUAUCCUCAAUGUCUACUGUAUCCACUCCCACACUGGGUCGUUCCACCUCUGCAUUAUCCUUUUCCGGCUCGGAGACACUUCCAAAACACACUAUACCGAUACUGGCCGACUCAAUCCCGCUGGGCGCUGCUGAGUCCCGCCCAAUGAAAGCUCUACCUCAUCGGAAGACUCAGACUCAAAUUCAAACGUUCAACUCAGAAACUACGUCCACAACUGCGAGUACGACCUCCAAGCCAACUCUUUCGCAUAACUCCCGUACUCGGACUAAAAUUACAACUACGAGUGCUGAGACAGCACGGGAUGGGCUGGGAUCAAAGUCAAGAGCGUCCACGGACUCAAUGAAUCUAGACGCCAAUCAAAAUAAUGAUGUGGAGUUAGGAGAGGACAAUGCCCGAGUCAAGCCCAAUAGAAAGGGGAAAACAAGGGAAACAAGAAGCCGCCUUCAACUUCUUUCUCUCGCUUGGACUGAAGCUGCUGCCCAAGUUGGUGCUGCAUCAAUCACAUUCGUGAACGAGGUUGAUGAGGAGGAUGGACCGCCUGGUGUAGGGCUGGACACGGACUCGAGGGAGGGCGAAUUCACAUACCUGGAAGCUAAACCCAAAACUCAUCUGCAGGAGCUUCUUGAACCUCCAGACCCGGGAAUGUUUCUCCAAUGCGGCUGUGGCGCAGAGUCGGAUCGGGAUGUGGAUAUGGACGUGAAUGACGAUAUUGAUAUAGAGAUGCUGUUCGGAGGCACGGAAUCGGAUUUAGACACCCCGAAAGGCAAAGGGAAAGCUAAGGAAAACUCAGACUCUGGUCACAUACCCACUUUACAGAACGUUUGUGAUGUUUCUAGUCUAUGCGGAUGUCAAGGGAUUUCGGAACUAGUGGAUAAGGCCGGGAAACAUAUAAGGGCUUAUACGGAUGAGGGUUUAUUCAAAUUCACCUCUCGUUCAAACCCGCGCAUUGAAGUUAUCGAGUGUAACCAAUACUGUAAAUGCACUCUAUACGAAUGUAGCAAUCGGAUCGCGCAACGUCCGCGAAGCAUACCUGUGGAGAUUUUCAAGACGGAGUCUGAGACGAGAAGUGGAUCAGAAGGGGUGGACGACCACGGCGGGAGCGAGGAACCUAGGAAGAAUAAAGGGAGAGGAUGGGGAGUUCGAUGCGCGAAGCAGAAUGUCAAGAGGGGAACUGUGUUGGGAUGCUACACUGGUGAAUUAAUCCAUCGUCAAACCGCCAAUGAACUUGAAGGAGAAUACGGAACAUAUGUGUUCGACUUGGAUGGAAGAGACCCCGCAGAAGACGAUGAAGAAUCGGAUCCAAAUCUACAGAUGUAUAGUAUCGAUGCGAGGAAAUGUGGAAAUUGGACACGAUUCUUGAAUCACUCCUGCCUUCCCAACCUCGCCGUAUAUACAGCCGUCUUGGAUACUAUUCCUGAACAAAAUAUUCCUCGCCUCGUGUUUUUCGCGUUGGAAGAUAUACUAAAGGGUACCGAAAUGACUGUGGAUUAUCAUGCCGGUAACCCGUUACCGAAGAAAGGGAAGGCGCGCAAGUGGGAGGAGAUGCGACCGCAGGGAACUAGUGAAUGCUUCUGUGGCGCGAAGAGGUGUCGUGGAUGGGUGUGAUCUGAAGAUGAUGUAUACGAAUUUGGGUACGUACUUUAUACACACGGUUAGGUUACAUCCGGUUACGUCGAGGUCGAAUUAUGGAGCACGGCAGCUGAGGAUCGAGUCGCUGCAUCUGUGUAUCGUAGAUGAGAGGAACAUUCAAACGGUGAGAAACGGUAAGUGGAAGAGAGGUACUCGAAGCAUAGGAAAGGGAGUGGCCCGGACCCGAUCUAUUCUCACUGAACUUU